AGACGUUCAUUUAAAACAUUUUGAACGCAGUUUUAAGCAUGGAGACGUUAGUAGUUGCAUGUCUUAUUGCUGCUGUUGGUGUGUUUAUCCUGGACAUGGUUUCCCCAAAGGAGAGGGUUUCCUCAAAGGAGCAACCAAAUGAUCUGAAAUGGGUAGCGGUGGGAUGUAUAGCAGCAGCAGCAUUGUUCAAGUUUGUUCAUACCAUGGAAACAAUAAUGAUUUUGUGUCUACUUGCUGCUUUUGUUCUUGUUUUCAUAAACUUGUUUUACCUUAAAGAGAAUAAAAAUGUGUAUCUACAUUGGAUUGCCAUUGGAUGUAUAGCCGUAGCAGCACUGUUAAAGGCAGUUUUAACCAUGGGAACAUUUGUAGUUUUGUGGUUUAUGUUUGCUGCUUGUGUCGUCAGCGUGCUGACCUACCUGCUGUCUAAUCUCUUAAAAGAAGUACCUAAUCUGAAAUGGUUACCUAUAGGAUUUUUAGCAGCAGCAGGUUUAAUCCAAACAUCUCUAACGAUCGGACCACCUGGAGCUGCAUGUUUUCUUGUUGCUUAUGUUAGUGUAUUAAUGCUAUUGUUCUACUUUGAAUAUAUAAAAGUACCAAGUUUGGUGGCUAAUGGACUUAAAAAAGCAACAGAAUGGUUCGAACUAAUUCAAAACAAUGGCGUCCCUGUGUUAUUGUUUAUGAUGGCCGCUUUUAUCGUCGUUAUCCUGAUAUUCUUUGCCCUGAAAGAUAUACCAGUUUACAAAUGGAUUGCCUCUGGAUGUAUAGCAGUAGCAGUAAUUGUGGCAUUAAUCUGGAUUUGGGUGUCUCAGCAAAGGGACUUAUCAUCGAACACUAAGACUUCGAAGAAAUAGCAAUAUUUUAGUGUGUAGAGAAAUUAGUUUGAUUCACGAAGAUAUAUUAUUUCUGUAUUCAUUCUGUGAUAAUAAAUAAAGGUUGUGUUUUUUUGA